UGAUAUAACAAACUAUAGCCCUAAACAUGGCGAUCAAGAUCACCAUCAAAGCUAGCUAUAAGCUCCCUUUCUUCUUCUUCUUCCUCUCCACUCUCUUCCUAGCCUCCUCCUCUGUAACACCACUGAUCAACGCCCUCAGUGAUUAUCAUAAUCAGAAAUGCCAGCAGUCGAUUUGCAGAGGCGUUGGCGGCCGCCAUAGCUUGUUAAGAUCCAAAGAUCAUCCUCAAGAUGCUCGAGAGGAAUACUUUUAUUGCUCGCAGAGCUGCGGAACGAGUGAGGACCCCGAACAGUGCGAGACAGAGUGUCGAGAGCGAUUUGACGAGCAAUUGAAGAAAGAAGCUGAAGAGCAGCAGAAGGGACAAGAUGAGGAGGAGGAGGAGGGGCCGACUUUUAAUCCCAACCCUUACUAUUUCCCCAAGUUCGGGUUGAGGCCUAGGUUUUUGGCUGAAGAAGGUGCCUAUUUUGUCCUUGGGAGCUUUGCCAGGCUCUCGCAUUUGCUCCGGGGAAGAAUUCAAAACUACCGCGCUGCCUUGCUUCAGACUACGCCUGGCACUUUUGUUCUCCCUUACCACCUCGACGCCGAAUCCAUUUUUGUUGUUUGGAACGGAAGAGGCACUCUCACUCUUGUGAUGAAGGACACGAAACAGUCCUUCAAGAUUGAAAAUGGAGAUGUAAUUAGAGUUCCUGCCGGGGCUACCACCUACUUGAUUAACAAUCACACCACAGAAAAUCUUAGCCUCGUACAGCUCUUCCAGCCAGUCAACACUCCUGACCUAUUUGAGGAAUUCUUCCCUGCUGGUUAUAAAGAUCCCGAACCCGGGUCAGACUAUAGUUUUUUGCACGGUACCGAGUCAUACUACAGCGUUUUCAGCAAUGACCUUCUUGAAGCUGCCUUUGAUGUCCCAAGAGAGCAGCUAGAAAAGGCCUUUGGACAGCAGAAGCGGGAGGGCAUGAUCAUAAGAGCCUCAAAAGAGCAACUCGACGCAUUGAGUAAACAAGCUUAUCCAUGGUGGCGCAAACUAGUCCCUUGGUCUAUGGGUAGUGAUUUAAAUUUCAAUCUGCUAAGCCAAAGACCUCUGCACUCCAACAACUAUGGCAAGUUCUAUGAGGCUUCCCCUCAGGAGUUCAAACAGCUCCAGGACAUGAAUGUCUCAGUCGCUAUGCUUGACAUCAAUCCGGAAGCUAUGAUGGUGCCACACUACAAUUCUAAAGCAACAUAUUUGAUGAUGGUGGUAGAUGGAAUGGGAUACUUUGAAAUGGCCUGCCCAAAGUUCACAAUACCAGCGAGCGAAGAAGAGAUGGAGUAUCAAGAAGAGCAAGCAGAUCAGCAGAGCGGAGUGUACAGCAAGGUAAGUGGCAAGCUUUCCCUUGGUGAUGUCUUUGUGAUCCCAGCAGGCCAUCCUGUGUCUAUUGUUGCCCAAAACAACAACAACAACAACAACAACAACGGCAACCAAAACCAGAAAUUGAGAAUUGUGGGAUUCGGAAUCAAUGCCGGAAACAACAUAAGGAACUUCUUAGCAGGGCAAGAGGGCAACAUAAUGAAGCAGAUGGAGAGAGAGGCUACGCAGCUGACAUUUGGGCAAGAGAUGGAACAAGUAUUGACCAGUCAGAAGCAAUCUUAUUUUGUGCCUGCCUCGAGAAGAGGGAGCAGCACAGAGAAGGCAUAAGCAAUCCCAACUGGCUUCAAGUACGUAGAGCAGAAGUAGUAUGCUUUGCUCGAGUUUUGAAGUGGCUAGGCUCAUGUAGAGUGAGCUUUUUGAUUAAUUGUGUGUAGAGAGCUCUAGCUAGUUUUGUGCUACAUAAAUAAAUGAAUAAAUGUGACUAGCUCAUAAUUAGGUACCAUAAAAA